AUGAAUAAAUCAGUGGCUUUUGAUGCAUUGAUAUCUAGAAUAGCUGAAGGGGAUGUGGCAAAUUUGCGAAACAUUUUGCUCAACAAGCAUUGUUCUGCCAAUGAAUGUGAUGAGUUUGGCCAAACUCUUUUGAUGAUAGCUGCUCAACAAGGACAGAUUGCAAUUGUCAAUGAAUUACUUGCACAUGGAGCAGAUGUUAAUGCUGAAGAUGCGGACAAUUGGUCGGCAUUGACAAAUGCUGCAAAAUUUGGUUUUAAAGAGAUUGUGGUAAAGCUGUUAGAUCAUGGAGCAGAUAUUGAACAUAGAGAUAUGGGUCAGUGGACAGCACUGAUGUGGGCCUGCUACAAAGGACACUAUUAUGUGGUGAAAAUUCUUCUAGAGCAUGGAGCUGUAGUUAAUGUGCUGGAUAAAAAUCACUGCACCCCACUUAUUUGGGCAGCUGGCAGGGGAUUCUUGGAAAUAGUGGAGGCCUUGCUGGAGAGAGGGGCCAAAGUCUACUCUAGUGACAAGCAUGGCACCUCACCACUGGUAUGGGCAUGCCGAAAAGGUUACACAGAAAUUGUUCCUCUUAUUCUUGAAGCUGGAGCCAAUGUUGAUACUGCGGGCAUGUUCUCCUGGACUCCUCUGCUUGUAGCGACAAAAGGCAAUUAUGCCAGCAUUGUAAACAUGCUGUUGGAGAGAAAGCCUAAUGUCAAUGCUGUAGACAUGGAUGGCUGCACUGCGUUGAGUAUUGCUUGCAAAGAAGGCUAUACCGAAAUUGCUAAAGCUUUGAUGAAUGCUGGGGCAUAUAUCAAUCUGCCUGAUAGAAACGGCGAUACAAAUUUAAUCCAUGCUGCAAAAACUGGACAUUUUUCCAUUGUAGAUGCUUUAAUCAGAAAAUAUGCUGACAUUGAUUUGGCAGGAGCAGAUGGAAAAACUGCAUUGUACUGGGCAGUUGAAAAAAGCUGUGUUGAUAUAGUUCGCCUAAUCCUCAGUGCUAAUCCAAAUUGUGAAAUUGCUACAAAGGAUGGAGAUACACCUCUUUUGAAGGCCACUCGAAAUCGAAAUGCUGAAAUUGUACAGCUGCUAGUAGACAAAAAAUGCCGAGUUUCAGCUGCAGAUAAAAAAGGUGACACUGCCUUGCAUAUUGCCAUGAGGGCAAGAAGUAAGGCUAUUGUAGAGAUACUCCUGCGGAAUCCCAAGAACAGCCAGCUGCUGUAUAGGCCCAACCGGGCUGGAGAAACACCAUACAACAUUGAUACAAACCAUCAAAAAAGUAUUUUGGCUCAGAUUUUUGGUGCCAGAAGGCUAAAUACCAAUGAAGACAGUGAAAACCGCCUGGGCUAUGAUCUGUACAGUAGUGCCUUGGCAGAUAUUUUGAGCGAACCCUCCCUAUCAAUGCCAAUUGCUGUCGGCCUGUAUGCUAAAUGGGGUAGUGGAAAAUCAUUCCUUUUGAACAAGUUGGAAAAUGAGAUGAAAAGUUUUGCCAUUCAAUGGUUAGAGCCAAUGUUCGAGUUUAGCCGCCUAGUUUUUCUACUUACAUUUUUUGUAUCUGUCAUCAUUGGAUUAAUUAUGUUUUUAGCAACAAAAGUGUGGAUUUUUGGAGUUUAUAUUUCUGUUGGAGUGUUUGUCUCAAUCUUGGUAUUUUUAGGAGCUGUAAUUCACAUUAACAAGAAUUAUGAUUUUUCUUGGAUGUACAAAAUAAGUCUGUACUUAGCAAAACAGUUGAGCUCAUUAAGAACCUUAUUAUUUGUACUUUUCUGCAGCCCCCCUGCAAACAAGAGGAAUGAUUUAACUGAUCCAGUCAGAUUUCUGUUCACCGAACAAACGAAGGUCACUAGCUCAGGAACUGAUAAUUCAAUUCUGCAAGUCGUCAUUUCUCUAUAUGUUGCUAUCGAAAAGGAAUAUGGCUUGUUUACUUGCCGGCUUCAUAGAAUAUUGAAACCAAAACCAGUUGCAUCCAAGUGGUGGCAGUACAGAAGCAUUUGCUGCAUUCCCAACUUCGUGAUAGCCCUGCUAGUGAUGGUAUUCCUCGGCUGCAUCGCAGUCCUGGUGCUGGAAACAGAUGCUGCCUAUCUGCAAUCACAGUCUGAUGACUACACUACCGUUUACCGCUCUGUCUUCAUUACCAUGCUUGCCGUCGUGAUAUUCGUUGUCCUCGCCAACCUGUGCACCCUCUUGCGCAUCCUGAAGUCCUUGUUGCUCUCACACCAAAGGCGACUGGCUGGACCAUUCCUGAGAUUCGGAUCCUCAAAGGAUGAAAGCUGCAUUAGUUCGUUGAAGAAUGAAGUGGAUACUAUUGUACAGAUGGUGCAGUGCUUGGAUGCAUUUGUUGGGCAGCAAACAAGACUGGUGGUUAUUGUGGAUGGGCUGGACAGUUGCGAACAAGAUAAAGUUCUCUACAUAUUAGAUGCAAUGCACACCCUGUUUUCUGAUGCUAAUGCUCCUUUCGUGACAGUGCUUGCCAUUGACCCACAUAUUGUCAUCAAAGCUAUCGAAUCCAACAUUCACAAAGCUUUCCAGAAAUCCAACAUCAGUGGCUAUGAGUACCUCCGCAACGUUGUGCACCUUCCCUUCUAUUUGCAGAAUAGUGGCCUGCGUAGGGUCAAGGCUGCUCAACAAGCCGCCCUACUUUGGAAUAAGAAAUCUGGCAAUUAUUGGAACGAAGACAGAGAAUGUGACCGUGCUGUUCCCACUGUUUCAGGGAAUCGUAAGGCUUCCAAUUCCAGUAUGUCCAUUCCGGAUGCAUUCAGGAAAAGAGGGAAAGGAACACAAAAGCUGAAAGCAAGCGAAAGCUUGGCGAGUAGCAUCAGCAACUUGCAUCGAGUUGUGACGGGAGCUCAAGAUCUAACGAAAGUCCUCCUCACUGAUGACUACUUCAGCGAUGUCAAUCCACGUUCCAUGAGGAGGCUGAUGAACAUUGUCUACAUUACCGGUCGCCUUCUGAAAGCCUUCAACAUCGAUUUCAACUGGUAUCACCUUGCCUCUUGGGUCAAUAUCACGGAACAAUGGCCCUAUCGUACGUCUUGGAUUAUCAUGUAUUAUGAAAUGCAUGAAAAUGAGUUUGAUGAUGUUUUGCCUUUGAAAACUAUUUAUGAAAAAAUCAAAUGCUACAUUCCGUCAUCUAAAGACCAAGAGCCUACUUUGGAUUUGGAUCACGAUGAAAAGAAAUUCGAAGUUUUUCUUUCAUUCCAUUCUAGCAGUCUGCAGGUUAAUGAUUUGAAGGUUUUCCUGCCUUUUACUAUUAACCUUGAUCCUUUCAUCAGGAAAGUAUUACAAGAAACUCAUCAACAGAUUUCAGAGUUCUUGAAAAGUGACUUGAAGCCAUCAAGUUCUCCUCCUACGAAAUGUGAUGCUUUGAGCAUACGAAUCCAGCAACACAUAGCAACCCCUCUUCACCAUCAAGAUUACAGUCAUACUAUGGGGUAUAUGCCUCUGCACCAUUCACAUCACACAAGGAAGGACAUAUUCCAAAGCAACACUGCAUCUCCUGUGCACAACUUUCCCACAGCCCCCUCGCCUUGGUGGAACUAUCCAAUGGAACAUGUGGCUUCACAUCAGGCAAUGUACCAUUCUUCUAAGUCUUCGUCUUUAAUGCUUUUGCCUGAUCAAGAGAAGCUUAGUACCCUUUCAGUAGCUGGUGUUUCAGAUUUGUUGAGAUCCCAGGAAAAACUGAACAAAAAGAAACUGGACAGUUACAUCAAUACUAUAGAAGACAACAAUAUCGGUGGCCAGGUGUUGCUCACUUGUGACUUGAAGGAACUCAAGGAGACUCUGAACAUGUCCUUCGGUGACUGGGAACUGUUCCGGGUUCUGAUCCUGACCUUGAGAGAGCACGAAAUGGAGAAUGUCAACUGCAGCUUCAGCAAUGAGGAGAAGAGUGCCCCUGUGCUACCCCUCAAGCAGACUGGUUCUUUUAAGAACAAAACUAAUUCUUCCGGUUCCCCGGAAAUGAAAUCUGGUGACAGUGUUGCUGUGGGGAAAAGUUCCAGAAGUGCAGCUGAACCCACUGAUGGAGUAAAUUCCUCGCAGAGAUCUAGGGCUAGUAUCCUGGAAAAACAGCCUAUAGCCUGGCAGAGAGUCUUAAAUGAGGUCACUAUGGAAGAAUCUAUGAUUGUUGGUGCUUUGGAAACAUUAAACGAAGAUGCCCUAGAAGACGCAAUGGAAGAAAAGGGCUUAAUGAGUAGAAAAGCAUCCAACUCGGCAGUUUCUUCGGCCAACCCUCUGAGCCCCAUCCUGUCUGAUCCAGAAGAGUUGGGCUCUGAUGAUCGCUUGGAAGGGGAAAGUAUGCCCAAUGUCGCACAUACACCAUCUGAUGUGGAUGUGUUAUUUUUGAGGAGCUUACAGAAUUCUCCCUUGCUGCGUGUGAGUGCAAUAUCUCUUAGUGACUCAAUGACGGAUGCAGAAACCUCAUCGCUUGGUCGUAUGUCUCAGAACUUCGGCCCUCCACUCGAGACAUCUACCCUUUCUGGAACGAAAAGUGACGAAUAUGAUUCAGCAUCCGUGACUUCAAGCCCAUCUAGAAACUUUGAGAUGGAUAAAAACAAAACAAGAAGUUCCAUUGCACGGCCAUCAUCUCUAGUUUGCGACUCUGCAAACAAUUCAGCAAUGGUCAGGAGCGAGGGCUCAUUCAAAGGCAAAUCAAAUGUUGCCGAAAAGUCCGCAAAGAGACAUGUGGAGAAGGGAAACUCCUUCAGCCUGGGCAGCUGCAAGUCUAAGUUGAUGAAAAGGAAAUCUGCGUCAAAGUCCGACUCUUCGGACAGCUCCACGGAGACGGAUGAAAAAGUGAAACCGAAGAUCUCUUCCCAGAAGACUGCGCCCACUCCGGGAUCCGACGCAGAUGGAUUCUUCUCAGACGAUGAGCAUACUCCCUUAGUGUCACCUUUCCACAUCAACCGGUCUAGUCACUAUAAUUUACAGUACAUUUCGAAAUCGGAGAAAGAAAGCACGCCGGAGAAAUGUAUCCCGAAACAGAGCAAGUCUGACCUCGGACCUCAUCGGAAGAUCAGGAAGCCCCUCGAGAGGCAGUUUUCUAUUGACAGCAAUUUGUGCGAUAGGUCCAGGCCGCCACCUACCUCAACUUCAAUGGUGGAGAUUGCGACACCCAGUUCCAUGCAGUAUGUGCCCAUUCUUCCGGCUUAUGGACAAGAUGUCACAGAUUCACCUUCAGAUUCUAUUCCAAUAUCAUCUCUUCUCGAAAGUCAGCUUCAUAACGAAACUGUCCUAUGAGUCUGGCAACCUGUCUGAAGAAGACAAAUAGUCAUUGCUGCUCUGUAUAGUUGGGUCUAGUAACUAUGGAACACUCUUGAUUUAAAUAAGAGUAUAUUUUACGAUUGCUGAAAGUACCAUAUAGUAUUGAUCUUGCUCAAAAUAGGAGCAUGGGUGAUUCUUUAUUUAAAAAAAAACAACUUUGAAUCAAACUUUCUGAAAGCAUGUAAGAGAUACAAUAUACACUAGAGCCAAAUUUCUAAAGAGACAGAAAACGGAAAGCUGCCUAGGCAGCAAUUUUUUUUUUUUAAACUGAAAAUAAGACCUAAAAAAACUUCUUAUUCUUUUUUGCAAAUAAUAUUAAUAUCAUCCAUAUCAUGAAAAUGAGAUACAUUUUUAACUGUUGUACUUAAUAACUUACCAAAGACUAGCAUUUGCUCACUCAUUAUAGUAAAUUAAGUAUAAAAACUAAUAAAAUAGUAUAAAAAGGCACCUUUUCUGUAUAAGCAUGAUUUUUUAAUUUUGAGAAUUCUAUUUUUAAAAGCUUCAGCAGGUGUUUUCAAAAUCCAGAUAGCUUUGCGUCCCCCCCCCCCUUCCUUUUUAAAGAGAAGAGCAUCCGCCAGUUUCAGAUCAGCCAGUGGGACCAGCCGUUUCAGUAAAAAUUCUUGUUUAGUAAGUAUGCUAACUGCGUAAGUAGGAUAUUCAAAGACAAUUUGUGUCCUUUACUGUGAUAGUUAUGUUGUGGUAUUUUUUAAUCAAUAAAAUAAUACAGGGUGUUUCAAAAUGAAUAGCGGGGUUUUAACAUGUUAUAAUAUUUAUUACACC